GAGAGAAAGCAAGUCAUUCCUUUCACGUGUGUGUGGAUGGCAAUGGUAGUUUGUCAAGAAAGGGAAUCUGUAAACUGCAACUAAAUUUGAACAUUUAAUAGAAGACGGGAUGGCACUCCCUCAACUCGAAAUCAACAAGGUGGUGGUUCACCCAUUGGUGCUCUUGAGUGUUGUGGAUCAUUUUAACAGAAUACGAAAUCAGAAGAGAGUUGUCGGUGUUUUGCUCGGCGCCUGGAGAAAAGGAAUUCUCGACGUAUCCAACAGUUUUGCCGUCCCCUUCGAUGAAGACGACAAAGACAAUACAGUAUGGUACCUUGACCAUGACUACCUAGAAAACAUGUAUGGCAUGUUCAAGAAAGUCAAUGCACGAGAGAAGAUCGUUGGUUGGUAUCACACAGGGCCCAAGCUGGGUCAGAACGACAUUGCAGUCAACGAGAUUAUCAGGCAAUACUGCCCAAGCUCGGUCCUUGUAAUUAUCGAUGCUAAACCAAAGGAUCUUGGGCUCCCAACAGAAGCCUACUUUGCAGUGGAGGAGGUUCAUGAUGACGGCACCCCAACCAGUCGUACAUUCGAGCACAUACCAAGUGAGAUGGGAGCGGAGGAAGCAGAAGAAGUCGGCGUUGAGCAUCUACUCAGGGACAUCAAAGACACCAGCGUAGGCAGCCUGUCUCAGAGGAUCACCAGCCAGCUCCUAGGCCUGAAAGGUUUCUUCUCUCAGAUGCAGCACAUCCAGAGCUACCUGGAGCAGAUCGCCAUGGAGAAGCUGCCCAUCAACCAUACCAUCAUCUACCAGCUCCAGGACAUCUUCAACCUCCUGCCAGACGUCAACCUGACGGAGUUCGUGCGGGCGUUUGUGGUGACCACCAACGACCAGAUGCUGGUGAUCUACCUGGCGUCGCUGAUCCGCUCCGUCAUCGCCCUGCACAACCUCAUCAGCAACAAGGUGCAGAACCGUGACCUGGAGAAACAGGAGGGCAAGUCGGACAAGGACAAAAAAGAGAAGGGUCAGGGGGAUAAGGAGAAGUCGGAAAAGGAUAAGGGCGAUAAGAAAGACGCCAAGGAUGCGUCGGCGGAAGAUAAGAAGUCGGCCAAGACGACCAAGAAGAAGUGAUGAACGAUGAUUUUUUUUAUUGAUAUAUAUUUCCAGUGGAUUAUAAUAACUUUAGUGAAAUCGUUCUCUGUGUAAUUUUUGGUGUCAGUCCACGGUUUUGAAAUUAAGGAAACAUGUUUUGCAAAUGCAACCACUAGGCCUAGGAUUACACAUGCAGGGAAAGGAGACCAUGGCCUCUGUUGCCCCCGGUCUCGGCCUUGGUGUCCCUUCAAACAUAUUUUCCAAUGGAAGUGCCCUGUGCAAAUUGAAAACAGGCUUGCCCUUUCAAAGAUGAAAUUCCAGGCCUAAACCACCAUCUGAAAAUGCAGUCCAGUGUGGCUUUCUCAGGCACUAUCUUUGUCUCAGCACAUCACUCAGUGCUGUCCUCUAAGGUGAUCAAAUGUUUUUGUUACUGCUCUGUUGUGAGUCUAUAGGAGACUCAACAAAUGUAUUGGUAGCUGUGACCUUUUCAAUCAGGGUCAAUGAUGACCCAAUGCAUUGACGACUACUGUCUGCAUUACAGUCUGCCAUCUUGAGAUUCGAUAAUAAUAACAAUCUAGUCUUAUAUAGCUUUGGUAUCCACCAAUAAGGUGCUGGAGGCGCUUGAACAAAGAGAGACACUUUUUAAGAAAGGUUAAUGAUUUGUGAGACUGAUUUAUUUACCUAAUAAGGGUUAACAAGGUGC